GUUUGAAGCAGCGCGGGAAGGAGAGCAGAGGGAGAGCUAUGGUGGAGGGCGCGGACUGUGCGCUAUACGGAGCGGCGCUGAGAAGCGGAGUGGAUGGCGGACAGACGGUGCUCCGUGUGACACACCGCGCGGGAGGGCAGGCGUGUAAUCAAAGUAAUGGACAGAAGGUUUCCAAUCGGAGUGACAUCAGUCUGCUCCAAGGAAAGGUCUACACUGAUGUGGAGACAUUAGGCAAAGAACUCUUUCUCUAUUUUGGCCCAACAGCCUUAAGGAUACAUUUUGGCAUGAAUGGCUCCAUGCGUAUCAAUCCAUCUGAGAAAACCAACAGAAGUGGAGCAGCAGCUGGUUUGGAGAUCCAGCUCAGCAAUGAUCUGAUUUGCUUUUUUGACUCCACAGUAGAAAUCAGGAGUGCCUUGGAGUGUAAGCGCAAGGUGAAAUUAAUGGAAGAACUAGACAUUUGUUCUCCAAAGUUCAGUUUCUCCCGAGCAGAGAAUGAAUUGGGGCAGCAUUGUACACGCAUGCUCUGUGAUGUGCUCUUGGACCAAACUGUAUUACCUGGAGUAGGAAACAUCAUAAAAAACGAAUCCUUGUUUGACAGUGGCUUCCAUCCAGCUGUUAAGAUCUGCCAGUUAUCUGCUGAACAAAUACAUCAUAUUGUCAAAAUGACUCGCGAUUUCACAAUCCUCUUUUAUAAGUGUCGUAAGACAGGAUCAGCCUUGUAUAAGCAUUACAAAGUUUACAAGCGAUCUACAUGUGGACAGUGUAAAGGUCAAAUAACUGUCUGCCGCCUAGGUGAGAACAGCCGGAUGACUUAUUUCUGCUCAUUUUGUCAGAAGGAGGAUCUGUCGCAGGUUGAUAUCAGCAGUUUGCCUAGAAGAAAUAGUCUAUUAGGAUGGGUGUCUAGUACUGGAAGCUAUUCUGCUGACAACAUCGCCAAAAAAGAGGAAGAAGAAUGGACAUGUGCACUUUGCACAUUGGUAAACAUGGCUUCAGUCAAGUCAUGUGAAGCCUGCUUGUCACCAAGGCCUGUCACUUUUACACAGAAAGCCCCACAUCAAACUUCUGGUUUUAAUAAUGAUCUCAUAAAAUACCCAUGCAAUGGAUUUGGAAAGCCCCAAGUAGAACUCAAGCUGAAUCGGAAGACAGUUUUUGGUACUACUACAUUGGUUCUGUCGUCAUUGAAUGGUAAUGUUACUUCACCUGCCAAUCCUAACUCUACUUUCUCAGCGUUUGGUAAAUUGAAAAGUAACAAGCCAUCAUUCAGUAGCGAUACUUCAUAUCAGACUCUCUCUUUAUCUGAGAAAUGUUUUAAAAAUGAACAGAGCCUUUGGGAAAAUGCUUCUUUUAGUAGUUUUGCAAAUGAAACUAUCCACAAUUCACCAUUCAGUUGUAUCGACCAAGGUUCAUUUCAUCAGCAUGGCAAAAGAAUGAAAACCAAUCACGAUUCAAUUUUAACUUCAAAUACCAGGACUACAGAUUCUAAUUUCAGGGUGUCUUGUACUAAUAUAAAUGAUGGAACUGAUGCUUUAAACCCUAAAAUCCCAUAUUGCACUAAACAUUUUCGCUCUUGCUCGCUGAGAGUGGUUAAGAAAGAAGGUGCCAACAAGGGGAGAUGCUUCUAUGCAUGUUCCUUACCUCAGGGAAUUCAGUGUGACUUCUUUCAAUGGACUGACUUGGAUUUUCCAUUCUGUAAUCAUGGAAAACGCUGCAUUAUGAGGACAGUUCUGAAGCUUGGGCCAAAUAAUGGACGUAACUUUUAUGUUUGUUCUGAAGGAAUGAACAAACAGUGUAACUUCUUCAAGUGGGUGUAACAUGGAUCAAGAUUUAACUGACUGUGAAACAGAGAGAAACCUUUAAGACAUUGUUGUAUAUCUGCAGGAAUCUCUGGAAAAUAGGUAAAAUUCUAAAGCAGAAAUUACUUACAGUUGAAUUUAUUUUGUAGUUUUUUUAUUGAAUCCCACUUGAGCUUGGUUGUUAGUACAUUUGCCUGUUACAAGGUUGAUGGGUUGAAGUCCCUCAUUGGGAAUUUGAAUUCACAGUCUAGAUGAACACUCCAAUGUAUUACUGGGGAACGACGAGAUGUUAAACUGAGUUCCUGCCGGCGUGUUCAGAUAGGUGUUAAAAAUCCUAUGAAAAAAGAAGGGAGUGUAUUCAACCCCUUAGAUAGAUGGGAGGUGAUUUGGUGUGGGAAGAACUGGGACUCCCACUGCAUUGUGCUAUAAACUGGAGGAAAGAACCUGUCAAACUUUCCUCCAGUUUAAUUGGAUAUUCACUUCAUGGUUACUUGCAAAACAUUACCAGCACAAAUGGGUAUUAUGAUGGCCUACAAUAUAAUUACACUUGGCAGUAAUUUCAGACAUUUCAAACUCUUUUAGAGACAUACUGAUUAUCUGCACUAAUUGGAACUGACCCUAUUUGUGGUUAACAAACAGUGUGGAUAAUUGGACAUCAUCCAAAGUACAAAUUGCCUUCAGUGAUAAAACAAUUGUUCCAUUAGGAGUUAUAUGAUACAAUAGUGCCACGUGUGCCAGCUUUUGCCUGACUUUUUCUAAAUCUCUUUAUUUGCUUCUCAUUUUUCCUCAAUAUCCUUCUAACUUUAACCCUAUAAAAGUACUGGGUAAGACUCAGAUUUGCACUGUUUAUUUCUGACACGUUUGCAGCCCAUGUCCGAUGUCUGCUUCUGAGGCCCAUGUGGAUAUAGAUGGGAGGUGAUUUGGUGUAGGGAUAACUGGACUACUCGAAUGUGCUAUAAAAAUCCAAAAUCUUUCCUUCUUACUAUUUGUCCUUGACCUGGGUAGAUCAUGUCUUUAAAACAUCUUUAUUUUAUCCCUUGUUUGUCCCUUUAUUUAGACCGAACCUAGGAAAAGAUUUUAAAAAAGGAGAAUAGUGAAUUUAUAGCAUACAAGCCUUCAAAUGGAGGGGUGGAUGGAGGAAAACUCUUUUAAUAAUUAGAAUGAUGUUACUUUUUAUGUGCUAAUCCGGUAUGCUAUUUUCUGGUCUUUGAAGAAGACAUGUUGGGUUCAAUCUUUUUCAAUCUCAUUUAAAUGUUUAUUUUUAAAAGUAGUAAACUUCCUUGUUCCCUUAUCUUCACUAUUUGUGAUUAGUUAGCUUGAAUACUGUAUAGACGACUUGCUGUAUUCCUUGUUUUAUUUUUUACUGAAUUUUCUUUUUGAUAAUUAUCAAUAA